CACUCAUGUGGCUGUGACCAGUGUUUUUUUUUUUUGGAAACUGCGUUACGCAUACAGGACUGAAUCUUCAACUGAAACAAACACAGCCCACUUUCCCACUCCAUGAUUUUUGACAACUAAUCCCAUAUUCGAGAUUGUAAUGUGCUUAAAAUGGAAUGUUAUUAAUACCUAUUUGGUAUCUUUUUCUCUUAUUGCAAACAUCUUUUGCAUUUAGGUAUGAAGUGUGUGUGUGUGUGGGUCUAUGCGAAAUUGUAAAUAUUAAGUUAUUGAUGGUGUUAUUCUCAGAUUGCAUUCAUUGGCAUUUUAGCUUAAGAGGUUUUAUUUGUUUGCUUGUCCAUUCUCUGAGAUACUCUUCUGGGAUUGAAGGAAAUCAGAGAUGGGUGAUGUAGCUAAAGAUCUAACUGCUGGGACUGUUGGAGGAGCAGCACAGUUGAUAUGUGGGCACCCUUUUGAUACCAUCAAGGUCAAACUCCAAAGCCAGCCUGUUCCACUUCCCGGCCAGCCUCCCAAAUACUCAGGUGCUAUUGAUGCUGUGAAACAAACAAUAGCUGCAGAAGGCCCGAGGGGUUUGUACAAGGGCAUGGGGGCCCCACUUGCCACUGUGGCAGCCUUCAAUGCAGUGCUCUUUACAGUGCGGGGUCAAAUGGAGGCCUUACUUAGGUCUGAACCCGGUGCCCCUCUUACAGUGAAUCAGCAGGUCAUUUGCGGUGCUGGAGCUGGGGUUGCUGUGUCUUUUCUGGCCUGUCCUACCGAACUGGUAAAAUGCAGAUUGCAAGCCCAGAGUGCAUUGGCAACUACUGAUUCAGCCGCCGUUGCUGUUAAGUACGGUGGACCGAUGGACGUGGCAAGGCACGUUCUUCAAACGGGAGGUGCACGAGGAUUGUUCAAGGGAUUGGUUCCCACUUUGGCACGCGAAGUACCUGGAAAUGCUGCUAUGUUCGGCGUCUAUGAAGCCCUUAAAAACUAUUUUGCUGGAGGACGGGACACUUCUGAAUUGGGACGAGGUUCACUAAUGCUAGCCGGAGGAUUGGGUGGAGCUGCGUUCUGGUUGUCUGUUUACCCGACUGAUGUGAUCAAGAGUGUAAUUCAGGUUGACGAUUACAAGAAUCCUAAGUUCUCAGGUUCUAUUGAUGCAUUUAAGAAGAUCUUGGCAUCAUCAGGAGUGAAAGGUCUUUACAAGGGUUUCGGUCCUGCAAUGGCCCGAAGCGUUCCAGCAAAUGCAGCAUGCUUCUUGGCGUACGAAGUAACGAGGUCUAGUCUAGGAUGAUUAUUGAUUUGUACAUUUAGCUGAAGAUUGUAUUUGAAAAUGAAGAGUCUCUCGGAUUCUAAUCCUCUAAAAGAAAUGACAUUAUCUUGGAAUUAUUUCAGAUU